UAAUUAAAGCGGAAAAUCCGUCCAGAAACCAUUUUAGUUCGAACGAACAAGCAACAGCAAAGGAAGAAGAAAACAAAAAGGAAAAUUGCGGGCGAGCUAUGGCGUUCGAUGUUCAUGCGAACAUGGCGUCCAUCACACACGAAGACGACGACGACGAAGAUCUUGACCGUAACCACCACCAUCCCUUGUCGAGGCUCUCAAUCUGUACGAACUAUGAAGAAGAUGAAGGCGACAAUGGCGACGAGUUCGAUGCUGCAGACGGAUACGCCGACGAGGAGCUUUCCGAUUCUGAGAAUCGUGGCGGAGAACGGGUACAGAGGUCUGUGCCACUGAUUUUCUCCGAUUCCGACAAGGAACCAGGUUGUCAUUCGCUGCCGGCGACGCCACCGAGAAGGAGGAGGAGAAAUCCCGGUAGCGGAGGAGAUCCGAUGAUGAAUUCGCCGGUAUCCGGAGAGAAAGCGUACGCGAGCGAGAACGAAGCGCAGAAGGGGAAAGAAUGGAGGAGGAGGAGGAUGAGGCGGGAAUAUUCGCCGUGGGAGGGGAGUAUGCGGCGGAGCUACGAGGGGAAUUUCGAUCACGGGGGUGUGGUGGUGGUGACAAGGCCGAUCGGAGGGGGAAGGGCGUUGUGUAUGGAUUUGGAUGAGGUGAAAGCUUGUAAGGAUUUAGGGUUUGAGCUGGAGCCUGGUCGGGUCUCCUACUCGGCCGACACAAGCAGCGGCGGAAACUCCCCCAGCUCCAACUGGAGAAUCUCCAGUCCUGGGGAUGACCCGAAAGACGUGAAGGAGAGGCUCAAGGCAUGGGCGCAGGCCGUUGCUUUUGUCUCUGCUUCCUCUUAUCCUUCUUCUUCCUGACCCUCUUUUGUUAAUUUCGUUUGUUCUGUGCAUAUUUCAAAGAGUUUCUCUUCUCUUGCUUUUGUUGUGGUUGUUGUUAUUAGUUUUUGGGGGGUCUUUAAGUGCUAUUUGUAAUGGCAUUGCUUGCACUUUGAGUUUGGCAUGCAUGUUUUUUUUUUUUUAUAAUUCGGGAGUUACCAGUUCUGUGGUCUAAUUAUAUCUUCCGAAAGAUCGAAGAAAUUGGGGUGAAUAACCCUCCCAAAAUGUUUGGCAUGUAAUGUUUGAUAUAUUAUGCAUUACAUUUUUUUUGGGCUUACCAUUGUGUCUGCAUUGUAAGGAUCAUAUUCAUGUAAGAAACAGUCUAAAUGUCUUAGGAAUCACUCUGUUCAUCUGUGGAAACACAAAUCAUUAUUGUAACAUAAACACACAAAUCACUAUAGUGGCUGUGGUUUCAGCUAAUA